GUAGUAAAAGGCACUGCUUUGUUAAUUGUUAUGCAAAGCUUGGAUCUCCCCGUUCAGUGCUUGUAAUGGAUGCUAUUUGUUUGAAGUUCCUUUCCUUUGUUUGGUGUCUCUUUGUCGUAGUGGUAUCGCAUGUGAGUGCCCAGGCAUCAUGUGAUAACAGCAAAGGCAACUACACAAGCAAUAGCACCUAUCACAACAACCUCAACACCCUCUUGUCCAGUUUCUAUUCCCGCACAGAAAUCAACUACGGUUUCUACAAUUUCUCAUAUGGCCAAGGCACGGACAAAGUAUACGCCAUUUGGCUCUGCAGAGGAGAUAUUACUCAGGAUAAAUGCCUCGGAUUCCUCAAUCAAUCCAGAGUCACUCUCGCACAGCAAUGUCCAAACCAGAAAGAGGCUAUUUUUUGGACUGGAGAGUGCAUGUUGCGCUACUCUAACCGCUCAAUAUUUGGCCUCAUGGAAAAUCAACCUACGGUCGAACUCUUGUACACGUUGAACGUAACUGGUUCGGUGGAUCAAUUCAAUGAAGCGCUCCAGAACUUGAUGAGGAAUCUAACGGCCAUAGCUGCAUCAGGUGACUCUCGUCGUAAGUAUGCUACAGGUUCUGCACCUGCUCCGAAUUUUAAAACCAUAUACGGUCUAACACAGUGCACGCCCGAUUUGUCAUCCGAAGAUUGCACCAAGUGCUUGGACGAAGCUAUCUCAAAAAUCCCAGAUUGUUGUAGUGGCAAGGCUGGAGGCAAUGUUUUAAAACCCAGUUGUAGAAUUAGAUUUGACCCUUACAGCUACUACGGACCUACGAUCAAAUUAGACACAGAUGCACCACCCCCAUCACCCUCCACCAACGUCACUUCUUCACAAGGAAAGAGCAACACAGUCACCCGAACUGUCAUCGCCAUAGCAGUGCCCGUUGCUGGUGUUGUUUUAGCACUCGCUCUUUUCUGCAUCUUUCAAAGAGUUAGGAAGCCAAGAAAAAAGAUCCAAAUUAAAAGAGAAGAAGAUGGUCAUGAAGAUGAAAUUACAUUUGCUGAGUCAUUGCAAUUCAACUUUGACACCAUACGAGUCGCUACAAAUGAAUUUGCUGAUUCUAAUAAACUUGGAGAAGGCGGGUUUGGAGCUGUAUACAUAGGUCAGCUUUCCAAUGGACAAGAGAUUGCUGUAAAAAGGUUGUCAAGGGAUUCUGGGCAAGGAGAUAUAGAAUUUAAGAAUGAAGUGCUUUUAGUGGCCAAGCUUCAGCACCGAAAUUUAGUUAGGCUACUUGGUUUCUGCCUCGAAGGAAGAGAAAGGCUACUUGUGUAUGAAUUUGUUCCUAAUAAAAGCCUUGAUUACUUCAUAUUUGAUCCAAUAAAGAAAAUGCUAUUGAAUUGGCAAAAUCGCUACAAAAUUAUUGGAGGUAUUGCUCGAGGCAUUCUUUAUCUCCACGAAGAUUCUAGAUUGCGAAUUAUACAUCGUGACCUCAAAGCAAGCAACAUUCUCUUAGAUGAAGACAUGCUUCCUAAGAUAUCAGAUUUUGGAUUAGCAAGAUUAGUUCACAUUGAUCAAACUCAAGAAAACACAAGUAGAGUUGUUGGAACAUAUGGAUACAUGGCACCUGAAUAUGCAAUAUAUGGUCAAUUUUCUGCAAAAUCAGAUGUUUUUAGUUUUGGUGUAUUGCUUCUUGAGAUUGUAAGUGGUAAAAAAAAUAGUGGUAUUCAUCGUGGAGAGAACAUGGAGGAUUUAUUGACCUUUACAUGGCGAAACUGGAGGGAUGGAACAGCUACAAAUAUUGUAGAUCCGACAUUAGAUAACGGCUCGAGAGAUGAAAAAAUGAGAUGCAUCCACAUUGGAUUAUUAUGUGUUCAAGAAAAUGUGGCUGCUAGACCAACCAUGGCCUCUGUUGUGCUCAUGCUCAAUAGUUAUUCUCUCACUCUUCCGGUACCUUCAGAACCUGCAUUCGUUGUGGAUAGUAGAACUAGAAGCCUUCCGAACAUGCUAUCAUCAUCAACGCAUAAUUCAGGGGAAACACGAUCAAGUGAAUCAACUCACAAUUCAGUUAAUAAGGCUUCAAUUACUGAGCCGUAUCCUCGCUAGAUUUUUGUUGUAGGGGUCAUAGCCACUUGUUUAUUUGAAUAAAAUACAAUAUCUAAUAUGUUGGAAAGUCGCCUAAUUUGUUGGUGUGAUGUCUUGUUUAAAUAGACCAUACAUAGAAACUAGUAAUGUUAUUUCAAUGGUUGUCUUUAGGUAU